GAUACGUACGUCACUACGUGUAUUUAAAAAACAACAUCAUUGAACGGCAUUGGGACAUUUAAAUCGAACUCAAGCAUUUCCUUGUUGAAUAAGGUCGUGAAUUAAGUCUUCGAAGGUUGCUCUGGGUAGUAGGCAGAAAUCACAUUGCUUGAUUUGCAUGCCCCUCUUCCCACUCCUCUACACUACGCCCAAUCGCCCAAUUUUCCAAGAUGCCGAGCAAGAUGGGGAGCAAUCAGACCACCGAGGGUGGACCAUCGGGCUCAGCCGCGUCCAACGAGGUCCCAACAUCGGCACCAACAGAAGAUGGAACAGUUACCAUCAACGACCGUUCAUCAAGACAAACGGACUCACCACCGGGGAUGGCUAAUAGAAAUGAUGAGGCAGAUGCUCCUUCAACAGAGGUGGAUGAGACAGACUCAACAGUCAAUCAACCGUUGCGCAGCAAUGACAUUCAUCCAGCCGUGCCUACCAGCAACCAAUUCAGUGCCUUGUCGGAGGACGUUUCCUCCGAAGAGCCUUCUUCAACGCAAAAUGCUCCCAGGCCGCUGCAGUCACAGCCCUGCCAGCCACGUGCACAACGCAACAGCCCAGCAUCACAGAGGGUAGGAAGUAGAAGCCGGACGUUUUCCAACAGGGGCAACGGUGAAACUGCGACCUCGUCUGUGACGCCCCCAUAUUUGUCAUAUGAAAGCCGCCAUUUUUUGGAAACAUUCAAUUUAAGGUUGGCCUGCUGGAAUUGCUAUAGACAUCAGCCCAGAGGGAGGCAUUCAUGCCAGGGAGAUUUGCUUCUUUGUUACCUUCAAAGGAAUAAGGUUUGGGGUGUCAUCCGUCAGAGAACUAAUCCAUACUAUCAAGGAUUCUACAAGAUGUGCAAGAGUAUCGAAACUACAAACCAUUGUUUAAAGAGAGAACUUUGUUCGUACUGUCACAGUGAAGAAGAACAGAACAUAUGGAAUGCUGAACGAGGUGGACGGUUUGCUCGAAGAGAGAUUUGCAGGUACCUGCGCCAUUCCCAGAAUCUUCCACAUAAUCUUCCAAGGCAGCUACCACAACCUUCCACUAAUGAGGGAUUUCAAAUUGUCCGAAAUAAAAAGCGAAAGUGUUCGGAAUCAGCUAGCGUUGACAGUCAAGAUGCUCCCCAAAGCAAUGACUCUCAAACAAGAAACAAGAAACAAACUGUCAGCCAAUUUGCAGAACGCAAGAGAUCAGCGAUCAUCACUGACAAAGACAGGAAAGCCUACAGAGAUUUGAUGUCAAAGGUCGGGGGCCGUUUCUUGAAUCUUUGCGAGAAGUGCUUUGAUAGUUCCCCUCCGGUCAUGAGUGAAAGAUCUGCAGAAGGGAAACACUGCAACGGCGAAGAGAAGCAUCCCUGGAGCGAGGUAAUGGUGCACGCUCUGAUUACAAAGGGAGAACAGCAGUACCUGAAGAUACGGACAGGAUCACAUCGCGGUGCCCGUCUUUGCCGUCACAUCGUAAAACGCUUUGGAUGCUGGCUGGGUGACUCGUGCAGUUAUGCCCACAAUGAGGUUGAAAUUGAUGUGUGGAAAUGCCCUGUCAGGCAAGACGUGAUCGUGAAACUCGGCGCACCAGCAUUCGCCCACAGAAUACAGUAUGCUGAAGAAGAUCAAGCACACGAAUCAUCACGUCAAGUUGUUUUAUACUCAGAAAGGACAAAAGUGUGGCGUAUUGCUCAAGGGCGCCAUCCCUCUCUCAAAAGACAGACCUUACCCGUUCUUUGUAGAAAGCGGGAUCGUUGUGACAACGAUUCCUGCACACAUCCACACUUUCCCGAAGAAGUUGAGCUGUGGACUUACAUGGGAAAGCACAACCUCGGGACAUUGGAGGAAGUCAUGUCCAUCACAUCCAAGAUUCAGCCGUACUGCUGCUCCUAUUGCAGUCAGCACUUCGAGCAAAUGGUUGAGCUGAAACAGCAUCUGCAAACUGUCGGCCACAGGGCAAGGGUCGAUUCUGACAGAGAGAAAGAUUGGAAGCAUCGCAAACCCCCCUGGAAUGUUGAGGAUGGAAACUAUCGGCUAUGUGAAGUGGUUGAGGGUGGCACGUGUUUGUUCAGCAGUACUACCCCCGAGAACAACAGCUGCACCAAGGCCCACAGUCGCGAAGAGCUGGACGAAUGGAAAGAGCGCCACCAGUAUCGUAUGGCCAAGAUCAAGACAGCCAGGGACAGGAAGCUUCAUUCUUACAUGGGCGACUUGCUGGCGAUGCACGAAGCUGGAAUGGAUGUGUUUGAAGACAGACUACCCGAUGUUGAUGUAGACUGCUCGGAGGAGUUGAACAAGCAUCUUGAAAUUGACAGCACUCCUGGAUCUCGUGUACAUACCUUCAGAUGGGAGUUCAGCAUCAAAUCCAAAUAUGAGAAACCUCUGAAGGAAGUUGGCUUGCUUUUCCCUGACCCCCACGUCAGUUUCUACCUGUCCAAAAAUGCCAUGGACCAUGACAAGCUGCAGGUUUGCCCAGGCAGUCUCCUGGCUGAUGAUGGAAGCAGUGGCAGAUACCGAGUUCAAGUCGUCUUCACAACGCAGAUGUUGGGAACUUUCAGCCAGUCGGUGGUGUUCAACUUUGGCGGUGAGCCGGUGCUGUACCGAAGACUGCAGGUUGAUGUUGGAGCUGGAGACUUGCAGAUCCCUGACGUGCCAGACAGAGUGGUUCUUGAACCCUGGAACAGCAGCAACAGCCAUAUUGUCAAGUUCACAGAUGCUGCAGGCACAGCUACCAUCUCACAAGCAGAACAGGAGCUGAUGGACCGACUGCUUAAGCAGUACCCUCCACCAACAUUGCAGAACAGACGCCAUGACAGCAGCAUCUCAGAAACACUCACCCGAGACAACUACCGACAAGUCAUGCACAGGGUGCUGUACAUAGAGGAGAAGGAAUGCAACAAGAAGAUUUACAGAUUUGCAACAUCCAGCAUCCUCAAGGUUAGCUCCAAUCUGCAUCUUCCAGAUGGCAUGCAUUGUGCCUUAGAAGGGCACAUGUUUGCCAGCAUCGACCUCCAGCAGGCUCUGAUGGAUGACUCCACGACAAGUCAGAUUAUCAGCAAGAGUGUUCAGAACAUACUGCUCAAGUUCGGUUCCUCAAACAAGGUAUAUGAAGCAGCCAUUCUUCCAAAUCAGACAUUUGGACGUGGAUCCCAGACUACCGUCCAUGUAAAGCUGAGCAGACAGUGUGUCAGAGAUCAGGGGCUCCUGACUGACGGGUCUGAGAAAGAUGUCACAGUUCAGCUGCAGCUGGACAGGACGCAGUUUUGCUUUAUGCAUUUCGCUGUCGACCAACUGCAAAAUAUGGACAUGGUGUUGCCAGAUCCAAACAAGCCACAGCGGCUGCCAGAUCAUUGCCGUCCAUGGACUAACGAGGGGGCAAACCCAAAACAGGAAGAAAUUGUGGACUUCAUCAGUAACUCCGGUGGUCCGGAAGCCCCUCCGAUGCCCGGCGUGGGACCUGUGCUCGUCUGCGGACCCUUUGGAACUGGGAAGACAUUCACGCUGGCGACAGCCGUGAAGGAGACCUUGGACAAGCGGCCGCAGUGCAAAGUGCUGAUUUGCACUCACUCAAACAGUGCUGCAGAUUGGUACAUCACCAGCUACCUCCACAGUUUUGUGCAGGCAACUGGUGGGAAGAUGAUCCGCGUCUAUGCCACUUACCGUAACAUCGGAUCCAUCGAGAAAGACGUCCGCCCCUACCUCCUCAAGGAUGAAGCGGGCAACAUUAGGCUCCCUGUGGAAGAGGAUGUAAGAACCUCGCAAAUUGUCGUGACAACACUCACCACGGCAGUUCACCUGGUCAAGGAGGACCUGCGAGGUUGCUUCAGUCACAUCUUGAUCGACGAGGCUGGCCAGGUUUUGGAGGCAGAGGCACUGAUGCCCCUCACCAUGGCAACCAAAGACACGUGUGUUGUCUUGGCUGGGGACCACAUUCAGAUGUGUCCCAAGAUUUUCUCGGAGAAGAUCCGGGAUGCAGGAUUUAACAAGUCCCUCCUGGAACGCUUGUGUCUGGCCAAGGCCUGCAGCAUUUUCCUCACGGCAAACUAUCGGACGUGCCAGCUUAUUCUGGAUUUCAUCGCCAAGACUUACUACAACCAGACUUUCCGAGCCCAAGUUGUUCAACCUCUGCAUGCGAAAUUCCACCCACUGAUGUUCAGCCUGGUGAAAGGAACGGAUCAGCCAGCAGGGAAGUCGUAUGUCAACACCCAUGAGGUUCUUGAGGUAGUGAGGAGAGUGAAAGAGUUGAAACAAGAUUGGCCCAGAGAAUGGGAAUCUUUCACUGAUGCAAACAGUAUCGGGGUAAUCACUCCAUGCAUAAUGCAGGCCCGUGUCAGUCGUGACAGUUUGAGGAAGGAGGGACUCGGCCAUGUCACUGUCGAAACAGUGGACAAUGUUCAAGGAAAGCAGUUUAGAGUUGUGAUCAUCACUACAGUGCGCACUCGUAAAACCCUCAAAAAGCCCAGCUCAGGUGCAGGAGUCUCUGUUGAGAAGGAGGAGUUCUUCAGCAGCUUUUUCUCUGAUCCAAAGGUGCUCAACACGGCCUUCACUCGCACCAAGUCGCUGCUGCUCGUUGUUGGCGAUGCAGCAGCUCUGUGCUCAUUGGGUAGCUGUUCGACAAAAUGGAUGAAGUACCUGAAAGUCUGUGAGGACAACAAUAGCCUGUUUCCCUUGGGAAGCAACUUAGCUGGCAUUCGUGCUGAGGUCAGAGAGGCUCGUCAAACACUGAAUCCAAAUGCCGUGCCUUUUCUGCCUGCCAACCAUCGAAAGAUAAAUCAGACAUCUGCCAAGAAUCAGGAUCAACAACAAGUGAUGGAUAGUGCACUUGAGGGGACAAGUGCCCCACCCCAGCAAGUACCUGAUGAUCUGGAGAGUAAUUCUGACGUAGACUCUUUGUGCACAGAUGAUGACGACAGCGAAAUUGAAGAUUACAUGCUCGCUGAGCUUCAGAGGGAGGUAGAGGAAGAUGAGGAAAAAAGGCGGGAGGUGGCAGCACAAACAGAGAGAGCAAAUGAUGGAGUAGCUGAACCAGAGAGCAUUGCCAAGAUACACAUGCCUAGGGCACAAGAUGGUGCAGCUGAACCAGAGAGCAUUGCCAAGAUACACCUGCCAAGGGCACAAGAUGUUGCAGCUGAACCAGAGAGCAUUGCCAAGAUACACAUGCCAAGGGCACAAGAUGUUUCAGCUGAACCAGAGAGCAUUGCCAAAGUACACAUGCCCAGGGCACAAGAUGUUGCAGCUGAACCAGAGAGCAUUGCUAAGGUACCCAUGCCAAGGAAACAAGGUGUUGGAGCUGAACCAGAGAGCAUUGCCAAGGUACACAUGCCAAGGGCACAAGGUGUUGCAGCUGAACCAGAGAGCAUUGCCAAAGUACACCUGCCAAUGGCACAAGAUGGAGAGGCUGACCAAGAGAGCAUUGCUAAGGUACACAUGCCUAGGGCACAAGAUGGAGUAGCUGGACCAGAGAGCAUUGCCAAGGUACACAUGCCCAGGGAACAAGAUGGUACAGCUGAACCAGAAAGCAUUGCUAAGGUACACAUGCCCUGGGCACAAGAUGGAGUAGCUGGACCAGAGAGCAUUGCCAAGAUACACACACACGGGGCACAAGAUGGAGAAGCUGCGGCAGAGAGUGUUGCCAAGGUACACAUGCCCAGGGCACAAGAUGGUACAGCUGAACCAGAGAGCAUUGCUAAGGUACACAUGCCAAGGGCACAAGAUGGAGUAGCUGGACAAAUGAGCGUUGCCAAGGUAAACACGCACACGACACAAGAGAGCAAGUAUCUGCCUACUACUGAGAAUCCCAAUCCACAUCAGCCCAAGGGACAUUGGUCUGGGCCCAAAACCAGCAGUUUUAAAAUGGUUGUUCAACAAACAGCUUCAGGUGAGGAGCCGACAAACAAAGAGAUGUUGUCAGACAUCAACAUGAGGCCAGGGGGCAAAUCCUCCAGAAGAAGUAAGAGUAAAUUCAGAAUGAAACAUGCAGACCAUCUUGUGGACCUAUUCUUCGUAGAUACACGUGACCAUUCACAUCUUGAGGGUGCCAGCGAUUUUGAUGAUGAUGUUGCAGAUGAGACAGAGCAGGAAGAAUAUUUCAAAAUGAUGGAUAAGGAAAUGCAGAGGGAGGGUCUUAGACAUGUGGAAAGUGAGCCAGACAAGUACAAGAUAUGUUCAUUCAGAUUCGAGUCUACAAUCACAUUUGCAAUCCCAAAGGGUGAAAAUUCUUCCCACGAGAUCUGCAUUAGUGGCAGAAAAAACAGAGGGCAAGCAUUGAACCUUGAUGAGGUUGUAGUUGAGAUUCUCGAAAAUGAUGACAGGUAUGACCAUGAUGCCUCUGCAGAGAAAAAAACCUAUGGCAAGGUCAUCUGCAUCUUGAAAAGAACCACCAACCCCAAAAGGAAGAAAAUUGUCUGUACCCUGGAUAAAUACACUGACAACCUGAUGGUGCCCAAAGACCGCACAUUUCCCAAAAUGUAUGUUAUUUCAGGUAAAGGUGUCAAGAGAGUUCACAAGGAACAUGGUGUCUCAGCUGACUAUGUCCCCAUUUCAAUUUUCAAGAAAAGGAGACAAAACAAUGGCUUUGGCUUUGAAAGAAUGGUGAAAGUUCCUAGAAAAGAGAGGCAAAGCAAACUCUUUUGUGUGAAGUUCCUGAAGUGGGAUGAAAAAAAUCGCUACCCUGUUGGUUACGUCACUGAAGAGCUGCCAGUUGGUGACAACCAAGAAGAUGGCUUGCUCAUUCUGAAGCACACCCAUGGCAUCAGAGAUGAUUACCCACCCUCCAUCAUCAGGGAUCUUGUGAGCAAAUGUCCAAAAGGUUGGCAGAUACCAAAAGAGGAAUUGAAAUCUCGGAAGGACUAUAGAAGCAAGUCAGUCUUCACUGUGGACCAUCCUGAGACACAGGAUCUAGACGAUGCCCUGAGCAUAGAAGAGAAGGAUGGGGGGUAUGAAGUUGGCAUUCACAUUGCUGAUGUUUCUCAUUUUGUCCAGAAAGACUCGACAUUGGACCAGGAGGCAAGGGACAGAGCAGUGUCGUUUUAUCCAUCAUUUUCUGAGCCAGUUGGUAUGCUGCCCCCACAUCUGAGCACAAAUCUAUGCAGUUUACUUCCUGACAAAGACAGGCUCGCCAUCUCUGUCAUAGUCACCAUGCACAAAGAUGCAUCAAUUACAGACGUUAAGUAUGAAUUGUCUGUCAUAAAAUCUAAGAAGAGACUAAGUUUGGAAGAGGCAGAACAAAUGAUCAUGGCCCAAGGUUAUGGACGAGAAGGAUCGAUAGAGCAGCAGGUUUGGCAACUGAGCCAGUUAGCCCAAAAGCGAAGACAGGUUCGUAUGUCUGACAGUUGUCAUGCUUACUCCCAUUCCAAGGAGGGAGAGCUUUGCCAUCCAUUAGCAUCCUCCAUGGUAGAAGAAAUGAUGUUGAUUGCCAACGAGGAGGUUUCAAAGUUCCUCCUUGGUCAAUAUCCAAAGCUUACCCCUCUCAGAAGCCAGCUUCCGCCUGACAAUGAAAAGGUUGAAGCAUGGCUCGACAGCCACAGAGAGGACAUACCAAACAGCUUCUGCCUCCAGUGUCAUCCCACCUUAGAUGGUGAAGGAAGGGACACAAGAUCUCAUCAGGAUGUGUUCAUCUUGAAAAACACCGGGGAGAAGUUGAUGCGUAUCAUGAAUUCGCCUGAGGAGCCAUCCGGAAAAAUGUCAAAGAUAACUGACAUCAUGUGCUCCGAUGAAAACCAUCCCCAGUUGGCUGUGGCUCUGACUGAUUUACACCAUAUUCAGGAGAAGGCAACCUACAGUAAUUCCAGCGAAUAUAAAGAUACUCAGAAAAUGAAGCACCACUCCUUGAAGAAGCCUUCCUACACACACUUCACAUCACCAAUCCGACGGUACUUUGAUGUUGUGGUUCAAAGGCUGCUCAAAGCUGCAUCACAGAAUACGGGGGACGAGCCAUAUUCAGCAGAAGAAUUAUCCUUGAUUUGCCAUCACUGCACCAAUCAAGGCAUCAGAGCAAAACGGUUUGAGAAAGAAAGUGCAAGCUUUCACUUUGCUCUCAAGCUGAAACAGACACCAGAGUUGCUACAAGCAUAUGUUGGUGCCAUUGGGGAAUCUGGUCUGCAGCUGAUGUAUCCAUAUCGUAGUUUUGUUCCGAGAGCUACACAAAAUGUUCCCCUUCAGCACCUGAACCCUGUGAAGAAACCUGAGCUGGAAGACAGCAUGAAAGUCAAUCUCACAUGGAAGCUGAGGAUAUAUGAUGUAAGCAGGCCACCAAUCCCGCAUAUCAGAGGUCAAUCGAUUCUCUGCACAGAGCAGUUUGUCAUGAAGAUCUCAGCAACUGAUCGGCAGAUGCUGCUGCAGAGAAUCAAGAUCAAUGAUCUUGAUUCUAUACGGCAUAUCUUUGCAAGGGUUUAUGAAAGUCACAAACAGCUAGAGGAAGACAGACGUGUACGCCAGUUAGUAGGAGAAACUUCACAGCCAGUAACAGAAAUAUCACAGACACUCGACUCUGAUGGGAGCCCUUCCCCCUUUGCUGAGUUCUCACGUGGUUUUCAGCAGAGCGAUGUCUUGCAAGUGCAGCUCCAUGCAUCCCUGGUCAAGGGUGUGAUAGAGCCUAGUGUCCAACUUGUCAGUCUGACUCCAACAUUUGGUCUUUGUACUGAGCACAGGAUGAAACCUGUUGAGAGUUUUGACGUGGUGGCAACAAAACGGGCAGUCAGAUGCAACAGCAUUCAGAAAUACAAAGAGAUCUGGCUGCCAAUCGUGGAAGUGAUGAGUGUUCACAAUGCAGUCCACAGCAAUGAAAGUCUUUUCAUUCGAGGGGUGAAGAUCUAUUGGGACAACGGACAAUCACCAGGUACCUGGUGUGGACGAAUCAAUCUCCCAUCUUCAUUCUGUGAGGAGUGGCACAUAAGGUUCAGCCCUCCCAACACAUCAGAUGAUAAAGAUGAAUUGGAUGAGUCUGAUGAAGAAGAGGUGAGCAAGGACCCUGAUAUGAACUUGGACUACCUGUGCAUCCGUUACACUGAUCUGCCGAUAUCUGAUGAGACAAAGAGAGCUGUCAGAGAGCUGGAGUGCAAGUCAAGAGGCAUGCAAUCACAGAAAAGUACUGGCAUUCCAGAGAGGAUGCCUUUCACGGUCCAUGCAACAGUAACAGAUCUGAGACGCUACAAAGGCAAUCGGGAGGUCCACUUUGCUGUGAAGAAGCUGAGCUCACCCUUCCCAAGGAUCCUGUUGGAGUCUGCUGAGAGGUUUGCUUGCACGGUUGAGGUGAUUCCCAAACAAGAGCAAGACAGGCGACUUGAGAAUGCUGUAAGGGAUCUGGACACGGCCACCCCAUUAACACAGAACAUCUGCCUGUUGAAGAAACAACCUAUUGAUAUGGGGACUGUUGGAGAUGAUCUGAGGUCCAGUAUGGCUAUGGACACGCCAUUUGGUCAGCUGAAUAAAUCUCAACACAUUGCAGUUUCUCGAGCACUCCAGCAGCAGUUUACUGCUAUCCAGGGGCCUCCAGGCACUGGAAAGACAAUUGUUGGAGCCACACUGGCGUCCCUCUUCGCGGAAAUCAAUAUGCAGUCUCCACCAUCAGGCAAAACACCUCAGGUUCUGUACUGUGGACCCUCAAACGAGUCAGUCAACGUGGUUGGUGGUUAUCUGAAGAUACUCAACUCGAAGGUGGCGCGCGUCUACAGCGAGACCAUUGAGCGCCUGGCAUACCCCAUCCCUGGAGAUCCUGCCACCAUCUCUCAGAACAGAACGAGCCAAGAGAACAAGGUGGACCAUCGGCUGGACGACAUUGCCCUGCAUCACCUGAUCCGGAAGAAAUCCAACGGCCACAGCGAGAGGAUUAGAGAGUUUGACCGAGUCUUCAGUGAUUCUAAUCACAAGGCCUCCGCGGAAGAAAUCCGGAACUACAGGCAGGAAAUUGCCAAAGCUGAGAAGGAGGAGCUGAGGAAGUACCACGUCAUCUUGUGUACGUGCAAUGCCGCUGGGAGCCGUCGCAUCAAGGAUAAUGUCAAGGCAGUGCAGUGCAUCAUUGAUGAGGCUGGCAUGUGCAGCAAGCCAGAGACACUCAUCCCACUGACUGCCACCAAUCCCGAGAAGAUUGUGCUUAUCGGUGACCACAAGCAGCUCAGGCCAAUCAUAACAGCAUCCUUAGCAGAGGAGCUCGGAAUGAAAAUUUCCAUGCUGGAGGAGUACGAGAAGCAUGCCAUCAUGCUGACUACACAGUACAGAAUGCACGAGACCAUCUGUAAGUUCCCGUCGGACACGUUUUACAAGAGCAAGCUAGAGACAGCUGAAGUGGUGAAGCGAAGACGGCCUGAACCAAAAGCAGUGCAACGCAUCUGGCCGGCCGAAGGGAAAGACUUCCGGAAUGUCUUUUGCCACGUUGACGGCAGGGAGGAAACACAGAGUGUCAAGUCAGCAGAUGCCAAUGAGAAUUCCAGGGCAAAUCCACAAGAGGUCAAACAUGUGGUACAGAUAGUUCUCAACUUGAUUACGAAGUGCAAGAUAAAGCCGGAAAGGAUACUUGUGCUAUCCCAGUAUCGACUGCAGUGUACCAGGAUAAGAGACAGAAUAGAAGAACUCGGCAGGCAUGAUCUCAAGAAAGUGACGGUCAGUACCGUCAUUACUAGUCAAGGUGGGGAGAGAGACUAUGUUGUGUUCUCCACUGUGCGUUCACUGCCGAGGCAAGAGAUUGAGGAGAAGCCUACCCUGGGUUGGAAGAGCCGUAACCUGGGCUUCAUCAUGGAUGACAACCAGAUCAACGUGGCCCUGACGAGAGCCAGGAAGGGUCUGAUCAUUGUUGGAAACCAGCGCCUUCUGCAAGUUCAUGACACCUUCAAGAAACUACUUGAUCAUUACCGACACAAAGGUGCUGUUCUGAAUGCAGAAACUUUUGUGCGCCGGUUCCGCCAAGUUCAUUCGUCUUAAAUUUCGGACCAACUUCUCAGCAUUCUAUGCUUCACAAGAUGGAAUUUGCAUUGGGGUAAUGUACAUUCAACAAUGUACGUCAGUGAAGGGCAAAAGCCAAUUAUUGAAUUCUCAGCAUUCGUUGGGACUGACUACGUACUUACCUUCCGUCGUAAGUCUUCUGAGGAGCUCACAUGACAGAGAAAGCGUUCACAACAAAAUUGAAAACCCGACAAAUAACUUUUAUAACAUUAACUCCAAUCUUCCUGCUCAUCAUAUUACAUGCUUCGUAAUCCUCGUGUCUACCUUUUCAGAUAUGAUCCAGUAUGUAAAUAUGUAUAGUUAUUUUGUACUUUUGAUAUCCUAAACUCAGUCAAGCAAAAGAAGCACUGUAUAUAAAGUAAAUGUAAGACGUAGGCAAAGAGUAAAGAUUAACUUUUGCAAAUGUUUGAAUCUUACAUGAAACGUGUAAGAAAUCUGCUCCAGACAACCAACUUAAUUCCUACUGACCUUCUCGAAGAUUGGUUAUUGUUUACAACCCACAUCUCAGAUGUACUUGAUCUCAUCAUUCAGAGCAUCCUCCUGUCAUCUUGCUCAGACCAUUUCAUUUGGAUGAGAAAUUGUUUUGAGCAAAAACGACAAAGUUUAUUAUUGCUUCCAUCACUUGCCCAUUAGAACAGACUCCAGGAUAUAUGAAAUAGAUGGUGGAAUGUUGAAGGUUCAUAACCUAACUCAGGCCUAGUCAGAGGUGCUCCUUUUCAUCUUUCAAAAUUUGUCUGUAAAGUUUAAAAUGGGUGGAUCAGAAUCAUCAUGUAUUGUCUAUCAACCAUGAGAAUAUUAACCAUUAGUAUGUAUUAGAUAUUAUGUGAUGUACGUAUUAUAUCGAAGAUACAAGUUUCCAGAUUGAAGUGCAUGCUAUACAUUGGAGAAAUGUAUAUUUUCUAUGUUUAUCUAGAGUAAGUGUUUAUAACUUUUUUGUACGAUAAAGUAUAGGCGGAGGAAUUUGCAUAUAUGUAUAAAGUAAAAUUUUAUCAAGGAAACUUGCAUGUAAAUGUAAUAAUGUAAUGUAAAUUGCAUGUAAUAAUGUAUAUUGUACAGUGUAUCAUAUUUCAAAUGUACAUAUAUAUUACUAAAGUUGUAAUAGUAAAAGUAUGUAGUUGUAAUGGUUUUACAAUAGUUAUAAUAUAUUUGCUGCUUUUAUUUUAUUGCAGUGUAUUGUGUUGUAAUGUAGGCCCAUUAGUUUUUUUUGUGUAGUAAUUUCUAAUGUCCCAGUAGAAGCCAGUUUUAAACUGUUUGGGCACACCCUACGUAAAGAAAUGUAAUUUAGCUAGAGCAAAUAAAAUACUGUAGUUUGUAGUUUUAUACAGGGGAAAUUUAAGUUUCAUUUGAUAGCCAAGUACUUACCGAGCUAAUCAGUUUGAUGUUGGUAUAAAUUUACUGGUAUAAGUGCAAGAGAUAGUAUACCAAAAGUUAAACAAAUUUCUUUUAAACAAAAAUUUGUCUGGCUGCAUUUCCAAUCUUGCCAUCAGUUUUGAUUUUGAUUUUAAAUAGUUGCAGAUCUAAAGUUUAGCUUACUUGCUAAUAUUUUUCUCCAUUCAUAGCAAAGCUAGCUUGUCUGGCCUGUACUUGCCAAUUAUGUUGUUAAUAGUUGAUUAAUAAUUAGUAUAUUUGGAUAGGGCCUAUGUCUGACCUGUACUUACCGUACAGAUAUCAAGCCUGGGGAAAAUUCUGAAACUAGCUGACUAAGUAUCAAACUGUUUUAGCUGAUUUCAAGUGGAAGUCUGGAAUUUUCAACUGGGUCUACCUAUUUUCAAAUUGGUAUAGCCUAGGCUACAUAGUUUUUUUUCUGAAAGCUGCUUAUAAUUGAAGUAAAUUUCUAGUACAGUUGGGCCAACUAUAUAGAUUGAUAUUGAAAAAAAUAACACCGAAAUCACGGUUUCUUCAUGUAAUUGUGAUCGCUUGGUAAGGCAACUAGUAUUAUCAUACAGAAUAUACUAUAACUGUCCAGAAUGUUUGCUGCGUUAACCUUAAAAGGGCAAUGGCAUUGACCAUACAUAUACAUUUAAAUGUACAUGUACAUUUAAAGGUAUACAUGUACAGAGUUUCAAGUAAUGCAUUUUUGUAAACUUGUAUGCAAAUGCCCAAAAAAUGUUUAAAAAAAAGAAGAAAAUCAAUUACUUGCGUCGUUGUUAGAAAUUCCGUAAACAGGUCUACUCUUUAUAUUAAUUUGUAAACUUUUUAAUACAUUUGUGUAAGACUGUGUAAUCUUUCUUACUCAAUUAUUGGAAAGUAUCAUGUUGUAGUAAUUGCAGUCGUCCUUUGAGAUAUUUUAACAAUUAGAAAUGUAGUGCUUUCAGGAGAUUUAAAACAGCUUGUCCAAAUUUAGGUUUAGUGAAAGCUGUAUGCUUGCAUGUAAAUAAAGACGCGCUCACAAAU